CACAAGUUUAGUGUUCAGUGAUGACGUCAUCGCUCCACAUUGAGCUAGGAGAGUAGUCGUGAGUGAGUGAGUGAGAUAGAUAGAGGCGCGCUGUAGUAAAGUACACACUGUCAUGAACUUCUGUUUGUAACUUAAUUGUUGUUGCAGUCCAGGGAGGAAAACUUUUGUUGUAGCUGAUUUUUAAACACAAACAGGCAUCUGGAAGAAGGUCACCACUUUUGCAAGCUAUGUCGUCUGCGGCGGUUGCUGCUUCCAGAAGGCAGUCAUGUUAUUUAUGUGACUUGCCCCGCAUGCCGUGGGCUAUGAUCUGGGAUUUUACCGAGCCCGUCUGCAGGGGAUGUGUCAACUACGAGGGAGCAGACCGCAUCGAGUUUGUGAUCGAGACUGCCCGCCAGUUAAAGAGAGCGCACGGCUUCCAAGAAGGGAGAUCAUCCGGACCAGUGAAGCCACAACACUCGGGGAAGGAUAUUCAGGCGAUUAACCACACGGCGGAUCCUGGAUCCCGGCCGCCUCAACCCCUUGAUAGAUAUCCGAUCGCCUCCGAUCGCCCUCCACGGCUGGGGCCAGAAUAUACAUCUGGAAGGCAGGCUAACGGCAUUCCGCUUCCCAAUGGAUUCCCUAAACCGGAUGAACCCCCGGAGUUGAACAGGCAAAGCCCUAAUCCCCGUAGGACUAGCACGGUUCCCCCGACCCUAAUGCCUUUGGUAAACGGGACCUCCCAUACCCUUCUCCCGCCUGUACACGCGGUCAAUGGCAGACCUGCACAGAUGGGAAUCCCGGCUGCGUUAACAGUGAGCCAAGCCGAGAUGAGAGACAAACGACCAGCCUCAGUCUCCAGCACGGAGCACGAGCGGGAGAUGAAAGAAAAGCACAGAGCCGACAGUUUAUCCGAGCUGAGCGAGAACCACAAAAACAGAGCGGAAGAAUGGAUGAGUAAGCCGAAAACAGUUAGGGACACCCUAAUGGCUUUACAACACCAUUCGCCUUUUGAUGCCAGGUUUAAGAAGGAGCACGCAAUGCAACAAGCAAGAGUGAUGGGCUUCGAUACCAACGCUGCAGCUUCUAAACCAGGGCGCGGUGGAGUUAGAAAAAGAAAAGCCUCACCAGAGCCAGAAGGGGAAAGCACAGCCGCCAAGCUCAAUGCAGAGGGACAACAGUGGCUGCCAGCCUCGGCAGAAGUCUUGAAAAUGACCACAAUGACCACCACGACCUUUGUGACACCCCCUUCCACAAUGUCUCCCCAUUCCAACCGCACCACACCACCAGAGGCUUCCCAGAAUGGCCAGUCCCCCAUGGCUGCCCUCAUACUUGCUGCAGACAACGCUGGGGGCAACAGUUCUCCCAAGGAUGCCAACCAGGUACACUCAACCACCCGGAGGAACAGCAGCAGCCCUCUUUCCCCAUCCUCCUUGAACCAAAGGAGAGUGGGUCAAAGGGAUGUGCCAGGUGCCGGAACACCGCAGGUGCCUGGCAUGGAGCAAGUGCACCCCCAAAGCAUUGCAGACUCUUCUGUACCAAGCAGCAUACCACUGUGCUGCACUCUCUGUCGCGAACGCCUUGAGGACACACAUUUUGUACAGUGCCCUUCAGUACCUUCACACAAGUUCUGCUUCCCCUGCUCCAGGGAUAGCAUUAAGCAACAAGGGGCUACCGGGGAAGUGUAUUGUCCCAGUGGAGAGAAAUGCCCUCUGGUAGGCUCAAACGUACCAUGGGCAUUUAUGCAAGGUGAAAUCGCCACUAUUCUUGCAGGAGAUGUCAAAGUAAAAAAGGAGAGGGACCCUUGAUUUUGCUUUUUUAAAGAUAUAUAUGAAUAUAAAUAUAUACAAAAUACAUGCAUACCAUCCAACAGAAACUAAUGGACUUGUACAUAUGUUGGACACAAGGGAGGUGUAAACUUUGUAAACAUGGCUGUAUAAUUUUUGAUUUUUGAAUACAUUGUGUUUCUAUAUUUUUGAAGAUAAAGGUAUGUACUCAUUAUAAUGGACUUUUCCCCUUCUUUUUCGUUGAUGUUUAACUGCAAAAUCCCUUGAUGUACUUUUAGGUCUGGUGGCAGUUCCUGUUAAACGUAGAAUGUUGACUAAUGCUAAUCUACGAGCACUUGACAAAACUGAAAUGCUUCUAGCUGUACUUGUAUGCACUUGUUUAAAAAAAAUUGCCAAAUACAGUUUCUGACCUUGUAAUAAUAA